AUCUUCUCUCUCUCUCUCUAUCUCCGUAUAUAAAAGAAAAAACAUAGCAAAUCUCAUCUCCAUUAACCAAAAACCCAUCUCCCCAAUUCUUUCACCUCUCCUCCUUCGAUCUCUUUCUUUCCUCUCCAAUCCAAUCCCUUCUUCUUCUUUCCCUUCAAUUCGAUCUUAUCAAUACUUAUAAACCCAUUAGUCCUCGAUCGAUGUAUUUUCAAUGAAUCCAUUUUUCUUCAAAUUGAAUCAAACAUUUUUAACUCUCUGAUUCGAUUUCCUUUCUGUCAAUCGAUCGCUUUUUGGAUCCCUCUUUAGCUAGAAAUGAGGGUGUUGAACUGGAAGAAGAUUAGCUGAUGGGUGAAUCUAUUCUAGUGUAAAUUUGUAUCUCUAACAAAAAAUUAUACAAAAUAAGAUGCCAGGAAUAGCGCAGAGAAAUGAGCAAUUCAGUAAUGCAUCAUCGGGCGUUUACUCGCCUUCAGCCAAUGGAUUCUGGUCAAAGCACCGCGGCGAUGUUAGCUACAAUCAGCUCCAGAAGUUCUGGAGUGAGCUGUCACCACAAGCUCGACAGAAGCUACUGCAGAUUGACAAGCAAACCUUGUUUGAGCAAGCUCGUAAGAACAUGUACUGUUCUAGAUGCAAUGGACUAUUACUAGAAGCUUUCUUGCAGAUUGUUAUGUAUGGCAAGUCUUUGCAGCAGGAGGGGGUAGGUGGCCACCUUUCUUCCAACAGACUAGGAGCCCCAAACAAUCAAAAUGAUGGAGAAUCAGAUAUGAGGAAUGGGUGCCAAGAUGAAAUUCAAGAUCCAUCUGUCCAUCCCUGGGGGGGUCUGACGACAACACGUGAUGGCUCUUUGACGCUUUUGAAUUGCUAUUUGUUUUUGAAGUCUCUUAAGGGUCUCCAAAAUGUCUUUGACAGUGCACGAGCAAGGGAACGGGAAAGGGAAUUGCUCUAUCCUGAUGCCUGCGGUGGAGGAGGUCGGGGUUGGAUAAGCCAAGGAAUGGCAAGCUAUGGUAGAGGACAUGGAACAAGAGAAACAUGUGCAUUGCAUACUGCUAGGCUUUCUUGUGACACAUUAGUGGAUUUCUGGUCAGCACUGGGAGAAGAGACUCGAAAGUCUCUUUUAAGGAUGAAGGAAGAGGAUUUUAUUGAAAGGCUCAUGUACAGGUUUGACAGCAAAAGAUUUUGCAGAGAUUGUAGAAGGAAUGUUAUUCGUGAAUUCAAGGAGCUAAAGGAGCUCAAGCGCACGCGGCGAGAACCUCGCUGCACCGGUUGGUUUUGUGUUGCAGAUACAGCUUUCCAAUAUGAGGUAUCUGAUAACAAAAUCCAGGCUGAUUGGCGCCAAACUUUUUCUGAUACCGCUGGAUCAUAUCAUCACUUUGAAUGGGCAGUUGGAACAGGAGAAGGAAAAUCUGAUAUUCUAGAAUUUGAAAAUGUAGGCAUGAACGGAAGUGUUCAAGUUAAUGGCCUAGAUCUUGGUGGUUUAACUGCAUGUUUUAUCACUUUGAGGGCUUGGAAACUAGAUGGCCGCUGUACUGAGCUUUCUGUAAAGGCUCAUGCAUUAAGGGGUCAACAAUGCGUCCAUUGCAGGCUAGUUAUAGGUGAUGGUUUUGUUACAAUUACUAGAGGUGAAAGUAUCAGAAGGUUUUUUGAACAUGCCGAAGAGGCCGAGGAAGAAGAGGUAGUUCAGGAUGAUGAUUCCAUGGACAAGGAUGGGAAUGAGCUAGAUGGAGAAUGCUCCCGUCCCCAAAAGCAUGCGAAGAGUCCUGAACUUGCUCGAGAAUUUCUUCUAGAUGCUGCAACAGUUAUUUUCAAGGAGCAGGUUGAAAAGGCUUUCAGAGAAGGAACUGCACGCCAAAAUGCACAUAGCAUCUUUGUUUGUCUUGCAUUAAAACUGCUGGAAGAGCGAGUUCAUGUUGCAUGCAAAGAAAUUAUCACAUUGGAAAAGCAGAUGAAACUUCUUGAAGAAGAGGAAAAGGAAAAGCGUGAAGAAGAAGAACGCAAGGAGAGAAGAAGAGCUAAAGAAAGAGAGAAAAAGCUUCGAAGAAAGGAGAGGUUAAAGGGGAAGGAAAGGGAUAAAGAAAAGAAGUGCUCUGAAUCAAAUGAUUCUCUUGAAAUCUCAAAGGCUGAAACAUCAGCAAUUGCUGACGAGGAACCUAAUAAUGAUGUCAGCUGUAAGGAUUCAGUUAGUGAAACUGGUGACGUUUCAUUAUCCAGGCCUGGAUCUCCAGAUAUUCAAGAACAAUUCUUGAAAGGUUAUGCCUCUUCGGCAAUGCAAAACAACUCCUGUGGUAGUCCUGAUGGAGAAGUCACUAAUGUGAAUGAUGGGACUGGCUCUUUUAUGAUUGAACAAUCAAAAUUUUCUCGUCGGAGAUUGAAAUUUCGGAAAGAAGUUCUGAUUGAUCCCUCUUUGAAGUUGUCUGAUAGAUGUCGAUUUGCCAUUGUUUCAGGAAAUGGGGCUAUGGUUAAUAGAUCUGAGUCAAGACAUUACACUGACAAUUUUGAGACUCCUCCAAGGGGUGUCACUGGAUUGAAUAGGCUGUCAAGGAUAAAUAGACAGAAGUCUAAUGGUCGAACUUGCGGCCUUAAGUUUAAUGAGAAGUUUCAUUGUGUUAACAGUAGGAUGAAUGACAGAUAUGACUUCCAUUCUUGUAGCUGUCACCAAAACAAUGAAUACAGGGUGAAGGUUGAACCACAUGUUUCUGCAAUAAGAACUGGCCGGGAUAGCAAAUCUGUUGGUAAGUCAGAGUCUACACUAGAUAUGUCCAAGAAAUUUUAUUGUGGGAACAAGUAUGGGCAAAUAGAUUACAUACGUGAAAGUUGUGUAAGACCCAAAAGCAAAAGCAUCACAGCAAACAAUUCUUGUAGCAGGGAUUUGCUUCAUUCUAAGAAAGUGUGGGAACCUACAGAAUCAUACAAAAAGUAUACUCGGAGCAACUCAGACAGUGAUGUUACCUUGAGGUCAUCUACUUUCAAUAACUUAUUCAAGUCACCUGGUGGUAAGUGUUCUGGUGAAGUUACUGGAAAUUUUGGUGAAAUUGAUCAUGAGAAUAAUAAGGGGGAAUCAGGAAACUCUAACCACAGAAUCAAUAAAGGCUUCCAGAAUGGACACAAUGUGGCAGUGAAGGAGCUUUGCUACUCAACAGAAACUCCUUAUGACGAAGUCAGUUCAUGUCUUGCAAAGAACUCUGGCUCAAGUGGGACUUCUGAUCCUAGCAUAGGCAGCACUUCUAAUUCUGAUAACUGUUCAUCAUGCCUUAGUGAGGGAGAUAGCAAUACGGCAUCUUCAAACCAUGGAAAUAUGGAAUCUUCAUCCACAUCAGAUUCAGAAGAGACUUGUCAACAAUCAGAAGGAAGAGAGACCUCACUAUGUCAAAAUGGUUUCUCGAAUUCGCAUGAGGUGGGCACGGAGAACAAACCAAGUACGAAUGGAGGGGAAUUUGGAAGUAGGAAACUUUUUGGGCAUCCACCAGAUGGUCUGAAAAUGAAUGCUCUAGGAAAUCUGCCAUCAAAAACUGUGCAAAAUACUGAUAAUGGAAUACCAACUGUUGAUAUAGGUUCGCAACAGCAAGGCAUGUUUCCGCCUAUGCAAAACCAAAAUUUACAAUUUCCUGUCUUUCAAGCUCCUCCACUGAAUUACUAUCAUCAAAAUCCUGUUGCUUGGCCAGCUGCUCCACCUAAUGGAUUAAUGCCCUUUCCCCACACUAACCACUACCUAUAUGCUGGCCCUCUUAGCUAUGGUUUAAACGGAAACUCACAGUUAUAUAUGCAGUAUGGUCCCUUGCAGCAUUUGGCAACUCCUAUUUUUAAUCCUGGUCCAGUGCCAGUUUAUCAACCAGUUGGCAAAGCAAAUGGCUUUAACUCAGAAGAGCAAACGAAGAUGUGUUCAGGGCAGGAAGCUUUAACUGAAGCCAAAACAAACAAGAAGGCAACAGCCGGAUCACAUCCAACAGAAGUGCUGCCAAGUGGAGAAGGUGGAAAAGUGGAUAAUUCUGCCAAGUUGCAUGUCAGUGACACCAGCUUUUCCUUGUUCCAUUUUGAUGGGCCUGUCGCUCUAUCUGGAUGUAAACCAGAUCCUGAGCUUUCGAGAGAUGGAAUUGUUGGAGAUCGUUCUUUGAAAGUUUCAGCGGAUCAAGUUGAAAAUGAUCCUGCUUGCAAUAGGAAAGAGACUACUAUGGAAGAAUACAAUUUGUUUGCAGCAAGCAAUGGCAUAAGAUUUUCGUUCUUCUAAUAUAUUAGUGAGAAGGUGUGUGCAGUCCGUGUCCUAUUAGCUAUUGGAAGUUGAGUACUUUGAAGCCAGUACACAAUAAUCUUCCUCAGAGAAAUUGAAAUUUUAGCUACAGUUUUUUCAGUUGAUUGAUACCAAAAUUUUCAAUUUUUUUUCCUUAAAUUUUCAUUGCAGAGGGAGGAAGGGUUGGAAGAGUGGUAUAAUGCUUGAGUUUUUUUUCUUUUUUCUUUUUAUUAAUGAAGCAUUUGUUGGUAUGA